GAGUGUCUCAAAGUCAGAUCUGUGCUCACAGACAGACUUUCAGCAUCAUUUAAACCUUAAUUUAAUCUCUUGUAGUCAGGUUUUAAAGUCAGGUUCAGGUAUUCAGAGACCAUCGUCCUCACACAGUUACAACAAUCCAGGUGUUGUUCAGGAACACGGAAAUGGCUGCUGGAUCUGAGUCGCUCUGCUCGACUUUGCUGUUUGUCGGCCUCUUUGUGUUUGUGUCUGCAGACCAGAAAAACAUCACAGCUGAGUCUGGACAGAACGUCACUCUGACAUGUCGAGCUCCAAAUCACAGCAUCGACAUUGUAGAGUGGAGCAGAGCUGACCUGAAGUCACAGCAUGUCUUUGUAUGCUGGGAUGGUCAGGUUCUUCCAGAAGAGCAGCAUCCAUCCUUUAAGAACCGAGUGGAUCUGCAGGACAGACAGAUGAAGGAUGGAGACGUGUCUGUGAGUCUGAAGAAUGUGACGUUUAAUGAUGCUGGAACAUACGAGUGUCGUGUCCAGAGAGAGGAUGACAGUGUGGCGCUCAUCAGCAUCAUCUACCUGAGUGUUCAGGAGGAGGAACCACAGAGGAUGGAGGGAAGGAGGAAGGAGGGAAGGAGGACAGAGGAUCUGUUGGACUGA